AUGUCCAACGUAAUCAGUGAGGAGCUGGGAAAAUGGUUCGACGAGUUUCAGGCAAUCCCCGCCGAGACGCAUCUCCUUUGUCCGAAAAUCAACGACGAAGACGGCGAAAAUUACAGAUGCCUCGAGGAUCCUGACUCCGCCAUUACCCGGGACGAAAAGGAAAAACGCAUAGAGGCUGGCAAUAGCCGUAUUAACAUCACAUACUGGAACAGUCUGAUAUUUGGCUUCGACAAGAAGGACGCGGGCAAGUGGCUCGAAGAAUUUACAAGGAGGCUUGAUGCCUCGCUCAAGGGUUGUUCCGAGUGUGUCCUGAACUGGCACAUGAGGCGCAAACCGCAAUUGCAAAAAUUCCUCGAGCGCUGGGACGAAGAUGCUACCGCUCAAAUUCAAGACUUGCUCAAUCGAAUCGAUAAUGCCCGAAUCGACGAGAACCUUACGUGGGCGAAAAACUAUAUUGCCAAGAUCGAAAACACAGGCGCCACUUUCAAGAAGUCAGAGUUCGGAGAUAACUUGGGCCACGUGCUGAUCACCGUCUACGAGGCACUAUGCUGCAUGAAUUACAUGGCUCAACCCGACCAGCGAGCCGCGUUUCAAUACGUCUUUAUGCGUCUCCAGGGCAAAAGUUAUCUAAAGCUCGGCACCAAGGACCCUUUACCUGGCAUGACGUACUUUUUGUUCGAUAACAAAAAUGAAGAUCGUCGAAAAUGGGCGCACGAGAACUGGAAAAAUAUUACCAGCUCUUCUCUUACUGCAAAGCAAUUUGAGUGGGCCAUCCACGAUGGACUCGUCAGUGCCAUUGAAGACACCUGGCGUAAAGACCUGAACCAGGCGACACCUGAGCAGUACCUUCAGAUUGAGCAGUUUUGGUGUGGCUUCGAGGAUAUCGUGCGCACACUUCCUACCGCCUUGAUUGCUUCCCACGUGCGUAACUUGGAGGUAUCCAAGUCUAUCUAUGAGCUGCUUUUCGCCCACCUUCAAUUCUGUCGCUCAGAAGGUGUUGUAGUUGUCGCGAUUCGCAUAUUGACAGCUCUUCUUGAAAAGGCGCCUAAUGUCAUCUGGGAAGUGGUUGGCGGUGCUCGUCCUAAUGUCAUCGCUGACUUGCUUUUCGGAAGCCCAAUCUAUAAAGGCUUGCUUCGCCAGUCUCUUGAAGAUUGUUGGGAUAGCCCCAGCCAAGAUUCAGUCCCCUUUGCCACAUCCUGGAUCAUACCGUGGCUGAAAUCCAUAAAUCGUGACCAGCGUUACGAUGCUUGCGAAGUUUUAAUGCAUACGCUCUUUGAGACAUUGGCUAAGGAUGCCAGUAUCGGUGAGCCCGGUCAAGCGGCGUGCAUGCGAGCUGGCUUCGACGCUCUUGCCUUGACUUUGAACACAUAUUUGGACAUGGAAACAGCCUCUGCAACCUCCACAGUCCAGCUUUACAUCAAUGCAUCCUUCAACCUGAUGACGAAGUACAAGGACCUUAUCAUACAGCAAAUCAACCCACCCAAAAAACAGCAAAGCAUAGAGGGCUGGGCUACGUUUAAAGUGGCCGAUUCUGCGCACAAAUUGACAGAGGCUGCUAUGAAGCUGGACAUGAAGCUAUUCUACGAAGAGUACCAUGCCAUUCACGGUAGCAGCAAAAUCCAGUCGACUGUUACACGAGACUCCAGGGAGUUUUGGACAGCCAUCAUUGAAAUGUAUGAGGCGUCCAAUGAUCGCGUCAAGCUCUCCAAGCAUAUUCUCCUCUCAUUGGCCCCGAUAUGUGCUGUCGAGCAAAUUCGAGUACGGAAAGCGGUGGGCAAGCUUGAUCAGUCAAGCACAGCCUUCAACGAGUCUCUCAAGGCCACUGCCGACACUAUUUCGAGAAUCAUAGGGCGAAUUGGUGACAUGGAUGUCAUGGACCUCAACAGCCUCUUUAUUGAACGAGUGCCCAUUCAAGUCAUCAUUGGCCUGUCAGUCCAUGAUGAGUCCGAUCUAGCAGAGUCUGCCGCUGAAGUCCUCAAGGGAUGGACCGCCGAGGAUACUCGCUCUGCUGCUAUUGGACAGCUUGCGCAGCUGCACACUGAGCAGACUCUGGCCUCUGCCGUGUGGUCUUUGGAUCGAGUUCUUAAGCCACCGUUCCCCUGGGGUCCGAUCCGCCCCCUGUUGAACGCCAAUCGUUCCAUCUUGCGUGGUCUUGCGGAAGCCUCCACUGGUGUCUUGCGAGGCGGGCAACUAGACUCUAGGCAGGCUGCUACUGUCCUCCGCUGGUGGAAUGAGCAGUGGCGUUUUGUUUCCAAGUCGUGUCUCAACAUUGAGUCCUGGUCUCAUUACGUACCAAACGCCAUCAUGACCGAGUUCUGCCGUGAAAUAAUGGAACUUGCAGAGGCUCUUAUUGCCGAAGACGGCCUUCUCACCUCUGCAACAGCUCUUGGACGUAGCGAGGCAGACAUGAUGGUCAAGAUUCUGGCUCCUGCCAAGGACAACUUUCGUGGCAUGGAAAACAUGAUUAGACUCAAGGAUCUGUGGCUAGUCGAUGUCACUGUGCGGGUUCUUUGCAAGAUUCUGAAGCGACUCCGCGAAAACAAUCUCGAGAUCAACGCUGCCUCUCGAAAGCUGAUUGUCGACGCAUGCGUGCCAACUGUCACGCCGGGCAAGUAUCUACGAUCUACCAAUCUAAGCGACCAGCAACGCGCCGAACUUCUGCAGGCUCUCGGAAAUACUGAUGAUGACGUGCAAAUAAUCCAACUCAGCACAGCCGAUGCCAAGUCUGCCAAGGACAAAAUCAAGAAGCAGAGUAGAAUAGAUGCUUGGUCUAAGUCUGGGUCUGGAUCAUCGUCAACAAGCGCAUCUUCAUCCACAAGCAAGCUCAGCUCCAAUCGCCAGGAUGUUUUGGACCUUAGCAAGUCUCUCAGCAACCCUCUGCUCAGUUCAAUCGAGGCCAGGCAAAAAGCCAAGGCGAGAGUUCCAGAUCAGAGGGCUAUUUCUGCACUCAAGGAAAGCCGGCAAAGAGAAAAGGCCGAGAAAGCAAAGAGAGACGCAGAGGCCAUCGCCAAGGCCAAGCAGCUCCGUGGCGAGCCUAUUGGUGGUCCUGCUGGCCGAAGUGAAAUCAUGGUCAACAGUUCUGAUGAAGAAUCUGACGACAGCGAAGAUGCCGACGAAGUUGACCAGCUUGCUCUGCUUAGUGGUCAUGGACAAACGGGAAUUGACGAGGCAGAGCAGCGUCGCCUGCAAGCCCUGCGCAACUUGGCGCGGCGCCCCGUCAAGAAGGUUCGACAGCAACGAUCAGUCAAGGAAAUGAGGGCCCGCCUUAUUCCGCCCAUGGAUAAAUUGCACAAUGCCAUUCUUGCUUGGGACAUUUUCCAUGGCGGAAAUGACCCCCCCAACGGGCCCAAGGCUUGCAAGGUUGACACAAGAUAUCCCAACCCGGCAGCCUACAGAGAUACAUUCUUCCCACUCCUUGCCUCGGAAGCCUGGAGGGCAUUUGUCACUGCAAAAGAUGAAGUGACGGCGCAGGCGUUUGGCAUCAAAAUUACCAGCCGAGCCAGCGUGGACAGCUAUCUUGAGAUUACCUUUACCUUGGAAGUCGCCCUGAACAGAGAGCGAGGCAUCGGUGAAGGCGACAUUCUUCUCGUUUCUGAGGAUGAGAAUCCGCUCAACAACCCCAGUGCCCGCCACUGUCUGGCUCGUGUGCAUCGCUUGACGUAUAAGAAGGACCGUGUGGAAAUUAUUUUCCGAGUCACAUCGCGCGGCAAUCCCCUUGCGGUCGCAUUGAUACCCAACACCAUGAUGAAUGGCAUCAAGAUUACCAACAUGACCACCAUUGAGCGAGAGUAUGCGGCUCUCGAAUCCCUGCAGUACUUCGAUCUCAUGGACGAGAUCCUCAAGGCAGAGCCAUCUCCUAUUCUGAAAUAUGGAGACGAAAGGGUUACCAACUACCAAAGCAACUGGCAGCUCAACCGAGGUCAAGCUCUGUCUGUUUUGGGCGCACAGGAAAACGACGGGUUCACCCUCAUUCAAGGUCCUCCCGGUACGGGUAAAACCAAGACCAUUGUUGCCAUGGUCGGUGCGCUCUUGUCUGGGCAGCUUGCGCAGGCGCCUGCAAAGGGCACACCUGUUGGAGUCCCAGUUCGGCCCGGGGUGGCAAACCAGCCUGCUGGGUCAAGGCCUAAGAAACUGCUCGUCUGUGCACCCAGUAACGCAGCUGUUGACGAAUUGGUAACCCGCUUGAAAAGGGGAAUCACGACAAUCAGCGGCAAGACAAAGACUAUCAAUGUCCUCCGUCUUGGUCGUUCCGAUGCCAUCAGUGCUGCUGUCAAAGACGUUACUCUAGACGAGCUAGUCCGCGUCCGCAUGCAAGGCGAUUCGUCUAAAGAUAAGGCCAAGGCUAUCAGAGAAAAGCUACAUGAACGCGCAAGCGAGAUCAAGGAGCAGCUCGGUAUUCUGCGGCCGAGGCUGGAUGAGGCCAACGAGAAGGAGGACCAGGACGCUCGAAACAAACUUUUGCGGCAGUUUGACGAUCUCAAGCGCGAGCAAAGAGAUAUUGGCAAGCAGAUUGAGGCCGACAGAGACAGCGGCAACUCCGCUGCUCGAGAGGUGGAGAUGAAGCGACGCCAGAUCCAGCAGGAGAUUCUCAACAACGCCCACGUACUAUGCGCCACCCUCAGUGGUAGCGGUCAUGAAAUGUUCCGAAACUUGGAUGUGGAAUUCGAGACGGUCAUUAUUGACGAGGCCGCUCAGUGUGUUGAGCUUAGUGCCCUAAUUCCACUCAAGUACGGCUGCUGCAAGUGUAUCCUAGUCGGAGAUCCGAAGCAGCUACCACCUACUGUUCUUUCCCAGUCAGCCGCUCGUUUCGGCUACGAUCAGAGUUUGUUUGUGCGUAUGCAGCAAAAUCACCCCAAGUCGGUCCAUCUCCUCGACAUGCAAUACCGAAUGCACCCUGAAAUUAGCUUAUUUCCGAGCAAAGAAUUUUAUGAAGGGCAGCUCCGUGACGGGCAGGAUAUGGCCGGGCUGCGCCAGCAGCCUUGGCACAAGAGUGCUCUGCUUGGGCCGUAUCGUUUCUUUGACGUGCAGGGUGUACAAGAGCGUGGCCACAGGGGCCAGUCGCUCGUCAAUACACGCGAACUCGAGGUUGCUCUACAAAUGUACGAUCGCUUCCGCAAAGAAUACAGCGAGUGCAACUUGGUGGGCAAGAUUGGUAUCAUCACACCUUAUAAAGCCCAGUUGUUUGAGCUGCGAAAGCGUUUCAGGGCGCGAUACGGAGAAGACAUCUGCGACAUUAUUGAAUUCAACACUACCGAUGCUUUCCAGGGUCGUGAGUGCGAGAUUAUCAUCUUUUCAUGCGUGCGAGCUAGUGCUACUGGAGGUAUUGGUUUCAUGACGGAUAUUCGUCGUAUGAACGUCGGUUUGACCCGCGCUAAAUCGUCGUUGUGGAUUUUGGGAGAUUCUCGCGCGCUGGUGCAGGGUGAGUUCUGGAAGAAGCUCAUUGAGGAUGCCAAGUCGAGAGACCGCUUCACGCAGGGCGACAUUGUCAACAUGUUCCGCAAGCCUCUGGAGAGGGCUAAGCCAGGCAGCAUCACGGCUUCUCCGGCGCCGACACCUGUGGAUAGCCCGAUGACUGGUGGCUCUCCCGCAUCAAUGGCUACAGACGGUGAUACUGUUAUGCCGGAUGCUUAUCGCCCUGCGCCCUUGAAGCGUUCCAGCGAGGAACGUACCCCGAUACCGACUCGACCAGCCGCUGCCCGGUAUGGCCCGCCUGCGAUACAAGCAUCUACAUCGCUCGGUGACAGCAAGAAGAGAGCGCUGAAUAGUCCAGAUCGUAUGGACCCGGUGACCAAAAGAAUCGCUAGCGACCGGCCCCGUGGAGGAGGACUGGCUGGUAAAUUUGGCGCAAGGCCUAACAGGCCGCUCCCCAAACAGCCGACAGACCCGAGCGCUAUGGUGACUCUGGGCCUGGCGCCACCAGAACGUCCGCCGCCACCCAGGGCAAGCGUUCUCCCGACACAGCCAACAUUACCAACACGGCCAACGGCUCCUUCAGGGCCGUCUGCAUCAUCAGGUUCCUCUGGACUGUCCGGGUCGCCUGGGCAGACUUUCCAAGCUAGACCACCACCUACCGGACCACGGAAGAAGCCCAAGCCAAGCCUCUUCAUACCAAAGAGACGAUGA